AUGGAAGUGACAGCAAGGUGUUUGGCGUCUGUCGAUUCGUUAGACAAGCUACUUCAGGGCGCUGGUGCACUGGUGAAAAUUGUCUAUGCUUUCUUGGGAGUAGGGUCCCUUCGUGAGUUUGCUUAUGCCACUUCUGACGCUCGGUCCCUCAUGCGACUGCUUUCAUGGCUAUCAAAUGUUCAAGUUGUGAGCCACGCUCUCGGAAAGGAUCAGAUUGGCAUGCGCGACGUCUUGUAUCUUAUCCACAUUGCUGGCGAAGGCGUGUUCAAGGUCUGUGACAAUGUUGCCUAUCUCGCAAGAAAGACACAGGGAAGUGUAAUUUCCUGCCAUGAAAUUGUUUUCACCUCCCGCUUAGGCCUUUUUGGGGCUUGCUUUGCCGCCGUCCUUAUCAGCCUGUUCGAUAUGCGAUGCGACCGUCACUUUCGCAGCCGCAGUAUGCAGUGCAUUCAGUUAUUCCAAAACCUAUGUGAUCUCCUCGUUGCAGCCUCCGCCAUUCGCUGUGCUGGUUUUGAGCUAAACUUUGUGUGGAAAUCUGUGCUGAUGCUGAUGAGCGCAUUUAUUGGGUGCGUGGACUGCUUCCGCGCUGCCGCGAUUAGGGUGAAAUGA